AUGACAGUACCCAUUGCAGGUCGUGGACCCCAGAUAUUGGCCGUCUACGGCUUGUUCACAGCGCUCACCACGUUGACGGUAUCCCUGCGAACUUAUUGCCGGGCGUUCGUUGGAACCAACUGUUUCGGCUGGGAUGAUGGGCUCACGGUUGUUGCUUGGAUUUUCUUCGUCUGCUACUCAUCAUUCGCGAUUGCAGGUGCUCACCAUGGCACUGGCCAACAUGCGUGGAAUAUCCACCCAGCUUCCGAUAUCCCUGUCGGACUGAAAUUCUGGUGGCUCUGCGAACCGCUCUACGUAUUGUCAAACAUGGGCAUCAAAGCCAGCAUAGGCGUAAUGCUGCUUCGGCUGACGAUCGACCCCAUCCACCGAUACACCAUCUAUGUGACUUUGGUCAUCACCGAGCUCUUCAGCCUCGGCUUCUUCUUCCUCUUCAUCUUCCAAUGCCAGCCGUCUUCGUACUUCUGGACGCGGUACGUCGACGGAAGUGGAGAAUGCAUCGACCCUCGCAUCACGAUUGGCUUCACAUACGCAUAUUCUGCCAUCACGUGCGCAGGAGAUUGGAUCUACGCCAUCUUGCCCAUGAUAUUGGUGUGGAACUUGCAGAUGCCGAGGACCCAGAAGCUCUUCGUCGGGGGUGUAUUGGCUAUGGGAGCAAUAGCGUCAGCUGCCACUAUAGCCCGCAUACCGUAUAUCAGCACCAUGAAGGACACCGACGACUUCCUUUACGCGACCACCGAUGUUGCACUCUGGUCAUGCUGCGAGACCGGCCUCGGCAUCACCGCUUGUUGCUGCGCAACUCUGCGGCCACUCUUCCGCACCUGGCUCAAGCCUCUAGCGACGCACCGUCUUUCGCCUUCUUCGAGAAAUGGAGCUUCGCGAGCGCAGGAACAGCAUGGCGUUGCGCGGGUGACGGGCAACGCCGGCCAUUAUAGGCAGCCCAGCAAGGAGUUUGGCAUGGGCAAGAAUUCGAUCAUGUGUAACACUUCGCUGAACGUAUCUGAUGAGGUCGAAUUGGUCAGCAAAGGGUCGGAGCAGAAUGAUGAAGCGAUUCAAGGGGGGGACAAGGCUCACAACUACCGGCAUAGAUGGUAG